AUGACGGCUGGCGCAUCUUCGUUCGUACCAGAUUUCCGUCUCUCUCGGUGCCAGCUCCAGUUGAGCGCUCAGAUGCCCCUAAUCCUGACGACAAAUGCCAAGCAAAUAAUCGCCAUGAUGUCUCAAUCACUGAGAACAUUUCAAGCUUUGCUGCCGCACAUCAACCAUGGCCAUCGAGAUGGGCAGCAUCACUCACACGGAUCUUCGACAAUUAGGAGUCAGUUCCUCGCGGUUGUCGAUGCACAUUUCGAUUCGUACAGGCAGCGGGAGGUGGUUGUCUGGGGCGCAGGAGAGGACGUUGUUGCGCGGUAUCGGGAACGGCAGGGUCCUGGACGUGCGUCGAAAACUUCCUGGCAUCGGUUGGUUGGCAGGGAAAUCGGGCUGAGUCCUGGCGUUGACGACGUCAACGCUAUCAAAGUUGUGCCACACGGCAAUGGAUAUGGGAUCUUGGUCGGGCGGCAUAACGGCCAACUGGCUCUUCUGUCUGGCGAUCCAGACAAGUUCGGAGAGGAAAUCGCCUUAUUCUCUCCUGCGUUGGACGUUCCAGAUCUAGAGAUCAAUUCUCUAGAUGUCCUUGAUAUCAGCGAGAGCGGCAAACGACUCAUCGCUGUUGCGACGAAGUCAAGCGUCAAAGUUUACGGUUUGCCGGAGGAUGUGGUCGCUAAUACUGCGCCUUUGGAAAACUACAACUUGAAAGAAGAUGGAGCCAUCCCUCGCUCGGCUAGGGUGGGCUGUGCAAAGUGGAUGGAGCAAGGUGCAUCGCUUGCUUUGAGCCUUGUUGGCUGCAAAGAUGCUCUCCGUUACCUGGACCUGACUCCCGACGGCUGGGUUUGUCAUUCGGCGGCGAAGAAUGAGAGAGUCAGGAAGCAGUUCGACGCUGUCUUCGAUGGUACCGUUUGUCCCAACUCAUUGGAGCCAGUCUACAUGUCUGGAAGCGGAAGAGGAACAAGGCUCUUGCUCAGCGCGUGGAGAGAUGGAACCAUCAGGCAAGUUCUCACCCUUGAAUAA